UCCUCCUGCUCCUCCUGCACCGGCGCCAUGUGCGGAAUAUUUGCCUACCUGAAUUACCACGUUCCUCGAACGAGGAGAGAGAUCUUGGAGACCCUUAUUAAAGGACUUCAAAGGCUCGAGUACAGAGGAUACGAUUCUGCAGGGGUUGGAAUUGACGGAGGCAACGACAAGGAUUGGGAAUCGAACGCCUGCAAAAUCCAGCUCAUCAAGAAGAAAGGGAAGGUCAAAGCCCUGGAUGAAGAAGUGAACAAACAAGAAGACCUGUACCUGGACAUUGAGUUCGACGUCCACCUCGGCAUCGCUCAUACUCGCUGGGCGACUCACGGAGAGCCCAGUCCUGUCAACUGCCAUCCUCAGCGCUCCGACAAAAACAACGAAUUUAUCGUCAUUCACAAUGGAAUCAUCACCAACUACAAAGAUUUGAGAAAGUUUCUGGAAAGCAAAGGCUACGAUUUUGAGUCCGAAACCGAUACCGAGACGAUCGCCAAGCUGGUCAAGUACAUGUAUGACAAUCGGGAGAGCGAUGACAUCAGUUUCACCACCCUGGUGGAGAGAGUCAUCCAACAACUGGAAGGUGCUUUUGCACUUGUGUUUAAAAGCGUCCAUUAUCCUGGACAAGCGGUAGGCACCAGGAGGGGAAGCCCCCUGUUGAUUGGAGUUCGCAGCGAACACAAACUCUCCACUGACCACAUCCCGAUAUUGUACCGGACAGCUUUGCAAACUAUUGAGCAUUCUAUGGAUGGAAUAUCCAUAAAACAAGAAGAAGAUGCCUUCUUCACAUGCAAAGACAAGAAGGGGAGCUGCGGCCUCUCCAGGGUGGACAGCACAACCUGCCUCUUCCCCGUGGAGGAAAAAGCCGUGGAAUAUUACUUUGCUUCCGACGCCAGCGCCGUGAUCGAGCACACCAACCGCGUGAUCUUCCUGGAGGACGACGACGUGGCGGCGGUGGUGGAGGGCCGCCUGUCCAUCCACCGGAUCAAGCGCACGGCGGGAGACCACCCCGGCCGGGCCGUGCAGACCCUGCAGAUGGAGCUCCAGCAGAUCAUGAAGGGCAACUUCAGUUCGUUCAUGCAGAAGGAGAUUUUUGAGCAACCAGAAUCCGUGGUGAACACGAUGAGGGGAAGAGUCAACUUCGACGACUAUACUGUCAACUUGGGCGGUUUAAAGGAUCACAUCAAGGAGAUCCAGAGAUGUCGGCGUUUAAUCCUCAUCGCCUGCGGAACAAGUUACCACGCCGGGAUGGCGACUCGCCAGGUGCUGGAGGAACUGACGGAGCUGCCCGUGAUGGUGGAAUUAGCCAGCGACUUCCUGGAUCGCAACACGCCGGUCUUCCGGGACGACGUCUGCUUCUUCAUCAGCCAGUCGGGGGAGACCGCGGACACCCUGAUGGGCCUGAGGUAUUGUAAAGAGCGAGGCGCCCUCACAGUCGGCGUCACAAACACGGUGGGGAGCUCCAUCUCCAGGGAGACGGACUGCGGUGUCCACAUCAACGCCGGGCCGGAGAUCGGCGUGGCCAGCACCAAGGCCUACACCAGCCAGUUUGUGUCCCUGGUGAUGUUCGCCCUCAUGAUGUGCGACGACAGAAUUUCGAUGCAAGAAAGACGCAAAGAAAUAAUGCGCGGCUUGAAAGGGCUGCCAGAUCUCAUCAAGGAAGUGCUGAGCAUGGACGACGAGAUUCAGAAGCUGGCCACCGAGCUGUAUCAUCAGAAGUCCGUCCUCAUCAUGGGCCGGGGUUAUCACUACGCCACGUGCCUGGAAGGAGCGCUGAAGAUCAAAGAGAUCACGUACAUGCACUCGGAGGGCAUCCUGGCCGGGGAGCUGAAGCACGGCCCGCUGGCGCUGGUGGACAAGCUGAUGCCCGUCAUCAUGAUCAUCAUGAGGGACCACACUUACGCCAAGUGCCAGAACGCUUUUCAGCAAGUGGUGGCCCGCCAGGGCCGGCCCGUGGUGAUCUGCGACAAGGAAGACAGCGAAACCAUCAAGAACACGAAGCGGACGAUUAAGGUCCCCCAUUCGGUGGACUGCCUUCAGGGAAUCCUCAGCGUCAUCCCCUUGCAGCUCCUCGCCUUUCACCUCGCCGUCCUCAGAGGCUACGACGUUGAUUUUCCAAGAAAUCUGGCCAAAUCGGUUACCGUGGAGUAAAAGAGCGACGGAAACCCCGAGGGGCCAAAGACGAGGAAAGACAGUCUUUUGGUACCGAAAGAACUUGAUUUCUAGAGUCACCUCUUUCCACCUUGUUUUGGAGAUCCCUCGUUUGCCGUCGACGAUUCCAUUUUCUAGUCUGUGGAAGUCCCGCUUAUUUUGCCGAAAUCGAAAGGGGUUCGAAACGAGGAGCUUCUUUAAAGAUCGCCAAACGUUUAGUUUCUGAGCUCCCUGCGUCUCCGCCCGAAAGGGUUGGGUUCAAUUAAAUCGCCGGUGGUUAUCGUCCUUUAUUCCUUCAGA